CACCGAAUUUUCCAUUCCGCAUUUCUUUCUAUUUUCUUUCUCCCCUUUCUCUCUCUCUCCCACCUCGGUCUCUCGGACUACAAAUGCGGCGCUCCCCGAGCCGCUGCGGAAUCGAGUAGACAGCGGAGGAGCAGUGUUUUUGUCUGUCUCCCCGUGUCCACUAGAGUCAAAGGAGAGGGAGGGGAGGGGAAGGGGAGGCCCGUCGCAACGGCUAGUCGUGGCAGGCCUUCCGGGGCCGAUGGACCCGUGCCGCGGCGGGGGCAGAGGCGGAGGCGGCGCCUCCGGCGAUGGCGACGGCAACAACCAAAUUCUGUGGGAUUGGCAAGAGAAAGAGCAUGGCGAACCUAGUGAGGGAAAUCAUGAUGUUGCUAAGUUCGUGUGGGAUUGCCUCAACCGAGAUGAUGAUGAUGAUGAGCUACUUGGAUUACUGGGAAAUCAAACUCCUCUGCGAGACUGCCCGGCCUUCUUUGAUAUUGGGGAUAUCACCUGCAAGGAGACACUAGACCUGGAGGAGUCUCGGGAAUCAAAGCGGCGACGCGUGCUGGAGUACCCUUCUGAGGUUAAUCAGCCAGAAGUUGGUGAUCAUAAAAUGGGUUCUAGUUUUGUCACAUCUGAGGUAGCAGAGUCCUCAUUGCUUUGCACUGAUGAACCACAGAGUUUAAACUGGAAUAUGCAGCUCAAUCCAGAUAACUUCAGUUCCUUGUCUAAUGGAGCAUCCUACGAGCCAUCAGAUAAUCAAUUGGAAAAUUAUUCUGAAGGAGCUACUAUCUACUACACGCCUGAUCAAAUGCCUUCUAGCCAGGAGAGCGUUACAUACAUUGGUUGUCAAACCGAUGUGCCAGGAACAAGUGAGAUUGCUCCGGUGACAGAAAGUCUCAUAAUGCAGGAGACUAGGAAACUGUCUACGCUCAAAGUAUCUAAAGGAGGAAGCUCGAUGGCCAAGGUGAAGCAAAAUGUAACUACAUCUAUAGCAUACCCUUUUACCCUUAUUAAACCAUCUUGGGAAGAAGGAGAUGUCACUCUCAAGGAUAUAAAUCAGCGCAUCCAUGCUCCUCCAAAGAAGCCUCCAGAAAUCCUGGAAACUUCAGCUUUCUCUGGGAAGCCAGUCAUUGGCAAGACAAGAAUCAGAACAGAAGGUGGGAAAGGCAGCAUCACAAUACUAAGGACGAAGGGCUGAGAAUGAUUACAGCUUAUUUAAGAGCCAUUCCCUCAAUUGCUUUCAAGAAUUCGGUCUUCUUGUGCAGGCCUAUUUCGAUUUUACUUGGUCACAAUAUGUGUGCCAUGUGUUCAGGGUUACUGUGGAUGGCCAACUCUUUAUUCAAAGAUUCAGCAUUCAUCUGGUGUAUUUUAGUGGCAUGCGGCUAAUGAUAUAUAUGGAAAUUUGAGUACAGAAUUAGCUGCUUCGACUUUCA